AUGCCGAUUGCCGAAAGAGGAAUUCUGAGCUUGCAGGUCGUGGGGUCGGAUUCUGGCAAUGUGGAGCUUCUCAUCUUGAAGUGGGGAGAUUUGGCCUUCCUUGCAGUGCCGUUGAGAGUAUGCCGUCAGGGGGUGAUUUUGGCGUUGCCCAAGGAAGCAAUCCCAGAGGACACCUUGGAGGACGCCAUGGAUGGUCCAGGAGACGGGCUUGUAGGCCCUCACCUGAGAACGACGGUGAACUCCCAGGCGCUAGACGACGAGGAAGGGCAUGUCGUCGAACUCCUCCUCGUCGAGUUUGCGAUGCCGGUGCGCUUGCAGUUGGAUCGGAAAACCCCGCGGACCAGGCGACAGUACCUGGGCUUUGUCGGGGACAAUACGGUCCUCCCGGACUUUGUCGAGUUGAACGAUGUCGUCAGCAGCUGGGUGGAAGGAGGGGAAGCGAGGCUGGAGGAGUACUUCACGGCCGCCGAGGAGGCACCUCCAGCUCCACCCGGAGACCAGAACAUCGCCAUCUUGACACAGCUCCAAGAACUUCAAGCCAGCAUGGAUCGUCGGUUUCAGGAGUUGGAGAGUCGGGUGGAGCGGAGAGGUCCAUCACCGCAGGAGCCAGCCAGAGCUCCGCCUACAGGGCCUUUAAAGAAAGGCGGCGACGACGAGCUCAACGGGCCGGGGUCAAGGGAUCGAAGCAGGGCUCUUUUGGAAUCAGUGCGGGAGCAAGCGGGACCACCACCGGCUCGGUUGGCAGACGAGCCGGGCCGAGGAGCGGAAACAGCUCGACAGGGGGCGCAUCUGCGGAAGUUGGUGGAGGAUGUGGAUCCCGAAACUUCGUCGGUGGACGACCUGAUGAAGCUUGCACUGUUAAAGAUGGUGCAGGGUACCAAAAGCAAAAAGGGCCGGAGACUUCCUGGGCUCCCCAACUUCGAAGACAGCUCGGAUUCGGAGAAGGGCGAGGGCGAGCAAAGUUGGUCUUCCACCAGCAAGGGAGGCCGAGGGAUAGAAGCAGUAGAGCGCUUGAAUCAGGCGAUGAAGACUUAUCCCGAUGCUUAUUCGGAGCGGAUGGAAGCUCGCAUGGCCAAGGCGGUGGAGUGUGCAGAGCUUCUGCCAACAGUGCCCAUGUUGUUCGCGAAGAGCUGCCCCGUAGGAAAGUCCAGGACCGCGGGCUACUGUCUGCAAGGAUUCGCAAAUGUGCAUCGUCUCCUGUUGGAGAACAAACCACGACAGGCCCGCCUCCAGGUCUUGCGGAUGAUGGGAGCGUUGGAGCAGUUCCUGAUCGACGAGAAUUGGUUGGUAGCUUCACGGCUGACGGGCAUGGAGGAGCCACCUUGGGGUCACUGGGCCACGCAGGACUUAGGAGCACUGAGGCGGCAGUACGUGUACAGCCGACUCGCCGAGUCCACGUGGAUCGGGGCACUCAUCAACGAGCUCAAGGAGGAAGAGUGGUUGACGAAAAAGAAGUUCUCCACGGCUGCUCCGAAGCCAAAGGCCAAAGGGGGGGGAAGAGACGCCACCGAGACCGAGAACACCGGUUCCUAA